CGGUUAGGGGAAGUAGGCCAUUGAGUAACGAACGGCUUGCUCGAAUUCGGAGACAGGGCCGGGGGAGGCUACAGCCUUUUCACUUCUUAGGCAGUGUUUAUCUCCUGGGUUAGCUGGUUUUCUUUAUCUUAUACGACGCACCCAAGUUUUCCUUGAAUUGAGGUUAGAUCUCACUCUGGGCCGCCUCCUGCCAGCUACACCCAUCUGCCCUUCUUGGGCUACACAGUGAGCCGGAGACGGCGGGCACAGUGAACCCCCUCCCGUGACACCGCGGCUUGGGGGGCGAAGCGAUGCUGGACAGAGAAGGGGACCUUCCCGCGAGGGCAGCUCGCUGAGCAAUCUCCUCUGCGCCCGCCAGAAGGCGCCGCGGCGCUGGCCAUCCCCGCGCAGAGCCGGAGCCUCCGCCGCAGCCAGCCCGGGCUCGGCGCUGCGGUGUGAGCGCGGGGCAGGGGCCUGAGCCCUCCGCAGCCUGCGAGGGCCGCUCGGCGCCAGCGCUCCCGGCCUCGGGGCUAGGGCUGGGCGCGGCGGACCUACGAUUCAGUCCUCCCCGGGAGGAAACCUCCAGAACCGCCCCCACCCCGCGGUCCACAGAGCCCGGGAGCCCGCCCGCGGGAGGAGGCGAUCCCCCCACACACUGUCAGGCUCCCGCCCAGCACCCGCAUCUGGCCGCCCCCGGCCUCAUGAGGACCCCCCGGCCGGGGCGGAGAGCCGGGCGCCGCCCGGACCGCGAGCUUGCCGCGGCCCUAGAGCGUUAGACAGGAUGCGGCUGGGCCGCCGGGCCCUCUAUGCGCUAGUCCUGCUGCUCGCCUGCGCCUCGCUGGGACUCCUAUACGCCAGCACCCGAGACGCGCCAGGUCUCCCCAACCCUCUGGCCUUGUGGUCGCCUCCACAAAGCCCCCCGAGGCUCGAUCUGCUGGACCUUGCCCCUGAGCCCCGCUACGCACACAUCCCGGUCAGGAUCAAGGAGCGAGUGGUGGGGCUGCUGGCUCAGAAGAAUUGCAGUUGUGAGUCCAGGGGAGGGCGCUUGGCCUUGCCAUUCCAGAGACAGGUUCGAGCGGUUGACCUCACUAAAGCCUUCAACCCUGAGGAGCUGAGGGCCGUUUCUGUCGCCAGGGAGCAGGAAUACCAGGCCUUCCUUGCCAGGACUCAGUCUCUGGCUGACCAGCUGCUCAUAGCUCCUGCCAACUCCCCCUUGCAGUAUCCCGUGCAGGGUGUGGAGGUUCAGCCUCUCAGGAGCAUCCUGGUGCCAGGGCUAAGCCUGCAAGAAGCUUCUGUUCAAGAGGUCUAUCAGGUGAACCUGACCGCCUCCCUAGGCACCUGGGACGUGGCAGGGGAAGUGUCUGGAGUGACCCUGACCGGAGAGGGGCAGCCAGACCUCACCCUCACCAGCCCAGGUCUGGAUAAACUCAACCGGCAGCUGCAACUGGUCACUUACAGCAGCCGAAGCUAUCAGGCCAACACGGCAGACACAGUCCGCUUCUCUACCAAGGGGCAUGAAGUUGCCUUCACCAUCCGCAUAAGACACCCUCCCAACCCCCGGCUGUACCCAUCUUCAUCUCUACCCCAGGGAGCCCAGUACAACGUCAGUGCUCUGGUUACCAUCGCCACCAAGACCUUUCUUCGCUAUGAUCGGCUACGGGCACUCAUUGCCAGCAUCCGACGCUUUUACCCUACCGUCACCAUAGUCAUCGCUGACGACAGCGACAAGCCCGAGCGCAUUAGCGACCCCCACGUGGAGCACUAUCUCAUGCCCUUCGGCAAGGGCUGGUUUGCAGGGCGGAACCUGGCCGUGUCCCAGGUGACCACCAAAUACGUGCUGUGGGUAGACGACGACUUUGUGUUCACGGCGCGCACGCGGCUGGAGAAGCUGGUGGACGUGCUGGAGAGGACGCCUUUGGACCUGGUAGGAGGCGCCGUGCGGGAGAUCUCGGGCUUCGCUACCACCUACCGGCAGCUGCUGAGCGUGGAGCCGGGCGCCCCAGGCCUUGGGGGCUGCCUCCGGCAGAAGCGCGGCUUCCACCACGAGCUCGUCGGCUUCCCGAGCUGCGUGGUCACCGACGGCGUGGUCAACUUCUUCCUGGCGCGCACGGACAAAGUGCGCGAGGUGGGCUUCGACCCUCGCCUCAGCCGGGUGGCACAUCUGGAAUUCUUCCUGGAUGGACUGGGUUCCCUUCGUGUUGGCUCCUGCUCUGAUGUUGUUGUGGACCAUGCCUCGAAGGUGAAGCUGCCAUGGACAUCAAAGGGCACCGGGGCUGAAACCUAUGCCCGCUACCGUUACCCAGGAUCACUGGACCAGAGUCAGCUGGCCAAACAUCGCCUGCUUUUCUUCAAACACCGGCUGCAGUGCAUGACUGCUGAGUGACUGAUUCGGGCCUUCCCACUGUCAGGCUGGGCCUGCCUCCUCUCCCCUGCCAGGAAUUCCCAGCAACCCCUCCAACCCCUGAGCACCCCACUGAUGAGCACCCUGCCUUCCCGGCCCUCUCUUUCCACCAGUCUGAUCCCUAACAGGGGCUUGUCCUGGUGACACCCUUCCUUUCUGUGAGUGAACAGAGGCCUGAUGAGCCUCUCCUCAUCACAGCCAGUGCCAAGUCUUCCCCCAACCCCAUUCCUAUGGGGCAGGAGUGGGGGGUUCACUUUCCAAGUGCCAAAGAGCCCAGAAGGACUCUAAGACCCUAAAGUGGAAACACUCUCACCUCCUGAGGGGGCAGAAAAACUCCCAAUGUGCAGCCCCAGGGAUGUGUACCCCCCCCAGCUCUGGAUCCAGAACCGCCUGUACCGGCUCCAACACACCCCACACAAAGCGCUGUGACUGGAGUUCUGUGGGGCUGGUGAACACACGGUGAAGCCAUUUUUA